UUUUCCGGUUUUCUAAGUCUCGUAUCUGAUUGGUCUACUGUUCUCUUCUCCUUCCUUCCACCGGAAAACCUCCUUUUCUUCGCCGGAAAACCACUUUUUAGGGCGGGAAAUUUCUCGUCCUUGCUCAUUUCGUUCCUUCCUCUUGAAGGAACUACUGAAUUUUCCUGAAGACUCAUUGUUGGUGAAGAUAAAGGCGUUGGAUCUCGGUUUCCCAAGCGAUUAUUUUUGGUUUUGAGGAAUGUGGCCUGUUGGGUUGUUGUAGAAGUUGUGAGCUUUGCCGUUCAUGGUGGAUAUCGUGUUUUAGGGCUUGUUUCGUGGUUUUUACUUUCAGGGGUUUGGUUUGGUGGCGAGGUGAGACACAACGGAGAGGUCAAGAGAACGCGUCCGGUAUGAAAUGGUGGAAGGAAGGGUUUGUUUAUCCAAAGAGGCAAAAAAUGGGCUAGAAAUUCUGAGGCUUAAAAGGCUUCAACGGAUGAAUUCAGGAAAUGCUCCUGAAGUUGCAAAUGUUUCUAAAAUGAUGACUAGAAGUGGAGGCGAUUCUCUAAGAGCAUCUGCAUCAUGUGGAUUGAGGUUGCAUGGUUAUCCAGAUGGGUUUCCUCGACCUAGUAGUGCAUCAAAGCGCAAGGUGGACAAAUUUGACACAACCGAUCUUGAAUGGAUUGAUAAAAUCCCAGAAUGCCCCAUAUACUGUCCAACAAAAGAGGAGUUUGAGGAUCCUUUAACUUAUCUGCAAAAGAUUGCUCCAGAAGCUUCAAAAUAUGGCAUUUGCAAGAUUGUUUCCCCUUUGAAUGCUUCUGUUCCUGCUGGUGUUGUAUUGAUGAAGGAGAAAGCUGGUUUCAAGUUUACAACUAGAGUUCAACCUCUUCGGCUUGCUGAAUGGGAUGAGGAUGAUAAGAUCACGUUUUUCAUGAGCGGAAGGAAUUAUACAUUCCGUGAUUUCGAGAAAAUGGCAAACAAGGUGUUUGCUCGUAGAUAUUAUAGUGCUGGAUGUCUUCCCGCUUCAUACUUGGAAAAAGAAUUUUGGCAUGAAAUAACUUGUGGCAAGACAGAAACUGUUGAGUAUGCAUGCGAUGUUGAUGGUAGUGCCUUUUCAUCUUCUCCUAAUGAUGAGCUUGGAAAAAGCAAAUGGAACCUGAAGACUCUUUCUCGGCUGCCCAAGUCUGUAUUGCGUCUUCUGGGAACUGUAAUUCCGGGAGUAACUGAUCCAAUGCUUUACAUUGGAAUGCUAUUCAGUAUGUUUGCAUGGCAUGUCGAAGAUCAUUACUUGUAUAGCAUUAACUAUCAACACUGUGGAGCAUCAAAAACUUGGUAUGGCAUUCCUGGACACGCAGCUUUGAAAUUUGAGAAGGCAGUUAGAGAACGUGUAUACACUCGUAAUAUUCUAUCUACUGAUGGAGAGGAUGGAGCAUUUGAUAUUCUUUUGGGGAAAACAACCAUGUUUCCGCCAAAUAUUUUGUUAGAAAAUGAUGUCCCUGUCUACAAAGCUGUGCAAAAGCCUGGGGAGUUUGUUAUCACCUUUCCUAGGUCAUACCAUGCAGGGUUUAGUCACGGUUUUAACUGUGGUGAGGCUGUAAACUUUGCAAUGGGUGAUUGGUUUUCAUUGGGUGAGGUUGCUAGCCAACGCUAUGCACUUCUUGGACGGGUGCCUCUCCUUCCUCAUGAGGAACUUCUGUGUAAAGAAGCUAUGCUUCUUGCUAGCAGUUCAUCAAUGCCUCAAAUCAAGGAGCCAGAUAAUUCCUCUGGAGAUGGGGUCUCUCAUCGUUGCAUUAAGGUAUCAUUUGUGUACCUAAUGCGAUUCCAGCACAAAGUCCGCUGGUCAUUGAUGAAAUCAGGAGCUUGUACAAGCAUUUCUACAAACUCCCAGGGAACUAUACUCUGCAGUCUGUGCAAACGUGAUUGCUACGUGGCAUAUAUUGAUUGCACCUAUUGUUUGCAUCCUGUCUGCCUCCGUCAUGACAUUGCAUCACUCAACUGCUCAUGUGGGAAUAAUCAUGUCCUUGCUACAAGGGAGGAUCUUUUAGAAAUGGAAGCUGUAGCCCAGGUGUUUGAGCAGGAAGAAGGAAUACUAGAGGAGGUUCAAAAGCAAAUUAAAUGCGGGGGUGGCUUUCCCCAACCUGACUUGUUUCCAUGCAUGGGAGAGGAUGGAUAUGUUCCAUAUUGUGAGAUUAAAUUUGAAAUGAAUUCUGAAAUCAUGGUCACUAGUCAGGACCAAUCACAAGAUCCAGAAUGUGGUUCUUAUGGCUUGCCUAUGUUGAAGCAGGAGAAACAAUUUACCAACAGCAAUGUGCCAGAGCAGAAAACCUCUGCCUAUUUGAACAAUGGAGGCAUCUUCUCUCAGGGGUUUAAAUGUACUAAUGAGCAUGUGAAUUCCAGUAGUGCAAAUUUUAUUUCUACUAAGGAUUCAGAAGUGGUUUUAGGCAACAUACAUGAUUCUUCCCCACCUUUCCAGGAUCAAUGCAGUGAGGAUUCUGAUUCAGAAAUAUUCAGGGUUAAACGUAGAUCAUCUGUGAAAAUAGAGAAAAGAAAUGUUAACAAUGUAUUGAGCUCAAAGUUUUCUGAGCAGCAGGGGCUUAAAAGGCUGAAGCGACUCCAUCCUGAAGGAAGAUUUGGUCUAUCAUCAUCAUCUGACAGAUACAUAACCGAUAAGGCAGAGCGACAUGCUAGUCCCAGUGUGAACUCUAAAGAAGUUUCAGGUUUUGGUCCAAAAGACAGGUUUUCUGGGGGAAGUUUUACUUCCAUUUCAAUGAAGUCCAGGCCGUUGCUGACAGACUUGAAGGUGGUUUACAAGGAUGAUGAUAAUAUUGUGAGAGUGAACCCUAGAGAACAUAUCAGAAAGAAUUUUGAGGACUAUGUUGGACAGACCACGAGGGAACCACCACCUAUUGAGAUUGGGCCAAAGCGCUUGAAAGUCAGAGGCCCGUCAUAUCCUAGUGGGGGAGAACCAACUGGAUCAAGUAGUUGGUUUUCGGAGAGUGAUGAUAAAUCCAAUGGGCCUGCGUUCUUCUAGAGCCUGACUUCGCUAAUUCAUUUCUCUAAUGAGGGGGUUCUAACAAAUACGUAAAGCCAAAAUUGACUCUGGGAACAGCGAUAACCAUUAACAGGGUGAGUUUAGAAGGAAGAAAAUCAGAUUCUUUGUGCAGGCCUCCAAUUGGGGCACUGGCACGCUCAGAUUCUUGGGUUCUCGGCCGGGGUGUUUUUUUGUCUUUGGCAGGGGGCCUUUCCUGCAGACCAAGCAGAGGAAUUAGGUAGUUUUAAUGUAAAUUUUUUGUUGAUCAGUCAAUUCUUGUGAGUGAAGUGGGCUAUUCCCACUCUCAAAGGUUAGUCGUCAGUCUGCUGCUUCCCUUGUUUAUUCUUUGAUAGAAUUCGGUCCUUUGUACCAUAGACUACAUGAAUAAAAGGUAGAAAAUCACCUCUCUCUCUC